GAGUGAUGGCGAAGGUGGCGUCGUCGGGAGCCGAAGAGGCACUGGCCACCAUUGAUGGAGCCCCUCGCCGGAAUGUCAAAAAGUCCGAGGCUUUUGUAAUGUCCGGUGAUGUGCUCAUUUCUCUUAAUCGGAACGUUUCGAGCACUUAUGCAAAGCUUCUCGGCGACCAACUGCCUCCAGGUACCACAGUUGCAUCGAGCAUUCACCCACAUCAGCUGUCAAGAGCCACCGCCUCUGCGGGAGUUUCGUUUCCAUCGAUGAAUCGAAACGGAGCGGCGGCCCAGAAACUGUCAAGACUUCCAGUUCCAGUUUCAACAAGCCAAAUCGAAAGACGUGGUAGUUUGGCACGAAAAACGUCAGAAGAGUCUUCACCAACAGCUAUUCGAAUGCUUAAAACAGCUCCAAUUGAACGAAUGGAGAGCACUGAUGUAGAGGAAAGUGAAGAAGAAACUGUAAUGAUGACUACUGAUGAAAAAGAGAAUCAGAAGAAACCAAAUGAAAAUGAUGAUGAAGUGAUGGUUGUUGAUGAAGAACAAUUUAUUGUAGUAUCAAACGACAUGAAAUCUCCGAACGAGGAGAUCGUUGCAAAAAGUCUUCGUAGUGCAAUGUUCACAAUGCCAACUGAUAAUCAUCAUCAUUCGUACAAUUCGUCACCACAAAUAUCCACACUUUCACCACAUCUUCGAUCGAAUGGAGACGGACCAUCCCGUUCACCAGUUUAUGAUGACGUAGAUGAUGACCUGAAUGGAUCAUUGGACGCAAAGGAUAUGUCAAAUAAUUCCCAUCAGCAAAGUUUCAGGUCACCGGAGAAUUAUAGUGAAAAGGACACUCCGUCGAAACAUUCAGUGGUAACAAUCGAUGGAAGUGGUGUUAGUAACCAUUACGAUCAAGAUGGAAUGUUUUCACAUGUAUACUACAGUACUCAGGAUACUACACCAAAACAUGGAUCCCCAUCUCUACGGAAACAAAUCUUCGAAUCUAGAACGACUCCAAACACGGCGGCGAGCAAUAGUUCAGCAUCAGCCAGUCCGUCACUCCAUGCAACUUCUGAAAGUCGAGGAGCCACUGGAGGAGUAUCACUUCGAUCCGCCGAGAGCAGUAAUCUCAAUCAAACAGCCGUACCGAGCACUUCAACGAAUUCGGUUGGCGGAGAACGAGAAGCUGCACAAAUUGCUCGAAAUCUGUAUGAGUUGAAGAAUUGCACAUCAACACAGGUCGCCGAUCGGCUCAACGAGCAAAACGAGUUCUCCUUCCUGAUACUCGUCAAAUACCUCGAACUCUUCCAAUUCUCAACAACACGAAUUGAUGCAGCUCUUCGGGAAUUCUUGAGCCGAGUAGAGCUCCGUGGUGAAUCAUCAGCUCGUGAACGUUUGCUCCGAGUAUUUUCUGCUCGAUACCUGGAAUGUAAUCCUGCGAUUUUUGAUAGUUUGGAUGAAGUUCACACGUUGACAUGUGCUCUUCUUCUUUUAAAUUCGGAUCUUCAUGGACCAAAUAUGGGAAAGAAAAUGACGGCUCGGGAUUUUAUAACGAAUAUCGCUCAUACAGGGUGUACUUUUAAACGGGAAAUGCUCAAAACUUUGUUUCAAAGUAUAAAAGAUAAUGCGAUUUCACUACAAAAUUCGGCUAAAAACUCGACGGCAAAUGGUUCAGUUGCUUCAACAUCAAGACGGCAGCCACAACAAAUAUAUGAAGUUGAUCCAGAUUCAGUUGUCGAAUAUUAUAGUGGAUUUCUUAUGCGAAAAUAUGUUAGAGAGACUGAUGGUGGAAAGACUCCAUUCGGACGUCGCAGUUGGAGAAUGGUAUACGCUCGUCUUCGUGGACUCGUUCUCUACUUUGACACAGAUGAACAUCCAAAAGCAACAAGUCGAUAUGCUUCAUUAGAAAAUGCAGUAUCACUACAUCACGCACUGGCUGAACCAGCACCUGAUUAUAAGAAGAAAUCAUUUGUAUUCAGAGUACGAAUUGCUCACGGUGGAGAGAUUCUAUUCCAGACAAGUAAUCAGAAAGAGCUUCAAGAAUGGUGUGAGAAGAUUAAUUUCGUUGCCGCCGCAUUCUCAUCGCCAACACUUCCAUUGCCAGUCACUUCGAAACCUGAAACUGCACCGAUGCCACGACUUCCACGGAUUCCGUGUCUCGCUCCGAUUACCAAGCAGCUGAGUACUCAUGAAGCACGGGUUGCCGAACUAAAUGAAAUGAUUGAAAUUGUAUCACAAUCCGUAUCACCUAAUCAACCACAGCAGCUGAUUACCGAUCGAUGGGUGCUUUUGAGUUUCGAGAAACGACGCUACAGUACCUAUAUCAACGUACUCCGACGGUCAUUGGAAGCAAGAAAAGCGUCUUCAGCAACCACAAUGAACAUUAUGAUGACACCAACAAGACGUCAGCAACAGAAUCAAAAGCCAGUUGUCUCGGAGGAUCGUCUCAGCUAUACGGAUGCUGUUAAUGGAGCUGCUGCUCAUUGAUUUUUUUUUCUGUUUUUUUUUUGUUUUUCAUCGGAAAAAAACUAACAAUUUUGAUUAUUAUCGAUCCCCCUUCCCCCUAUCUUUCUCUUAAAACGGUGUUCAUUUCUUUAUUGAGUCGAAAUUUUUCUCGAUCGAAACCCCAACAUUUGGGAUAUUAUUUAAGUGCUUAUUUAGCUCUAUUCCCUGUGAAUAAAAAUUGUAUUUCUUUCGAAAAAAUAAUCAUUUCCUCCCUAUUGUUUUUUAGUUUAAGUAUUUAGCCGAUUCCCUGUGAAUAUUAGGAAUCCCCAAUCUUCAAAAAUCGAUUCCUCUAUCAUUUUUCUUUCUAACGCGUUACUUGUUAAUUGCUCUCUGGUCACUAUGAUUAUAUUACCGAUUUCUACGAAAUAAAUCGAUGCCAUCUCAUGGAAAU